UGAGGGAUAAUGGAUAAAAAUACGAUUCCGGUGGACUCCCCGUGGUGUUUUGAUCGCGGGAUGAGGUUUCUGUUUCGCAGCAAAUGCAUCGUAAAACAACAAACGCGUGAAAGCAAAAACAAACGAGCGUGACUCGAUGUGUGCCGACCACUAAUGCUAACAAUAUUUCACUUUUCUUCCAUCCCAUUUCCCCCCUCAUUCUUGUCACUUUUCUACCUUUCCCUUCUACUUACCUGCAGCAUGGAAUACAAAAACGAAGGCCACAGCGGCGUCAAUCAGCUGGGAGGUAUAUUCGUUGGCGGUAGACCUCUGCCUGAUUCCACACGCCAACGCAUCGUGGAGCUGGCCCACGCCGGUGCCCGACCAUGUGAUAUUUCGCGCAUCCUUCAGGUGUCCAAUGGUUGCGUCAGUAAAAUUCUCGGCCGGUACUACGAAACCGGUAGCAUCCGGCCGCGGGCAAUCGGUGGGUCGAAGCCGCGCGUGGCAACGCCGGAGGUGGUGAACAAGAUUUCACAGUUCAAGAACAACUGCCCGAACAUUUUCGCCUGGGAGAUCCGGGACAAGCUGCUGAAUGAGCGCAUCUGUACACCGGAGAACAUACCCAGCGUUUCCUCCAUCAACCGGGUGCUGCGCAAUCUGGCCGCCCAGAAAGAGUUUAGCAAGAAACCGCACGCAUCGGACACACUCGGCGAUGAGGUGAGUGGCUAUCUGCAGGGCAAAUCGCUGAAUGAUGCGUCCUUCCUGCACUACAAGUACGGUGAGAGCUGCCGCUCGAUGCAGGGUGCGGAGUCGGUGCUGCGCAUCAACGAUACGUACAGCCGGGCUGGCGGCGGUGGUGGCGGUGGCGGAGGAGGUGGAGGUGGUGGCGGAGGCGGGGGUGGUACGGACCCGACCGAUGUGAAACCGAUCGCGGACGACGGGAAGAACCCGUUUGCGAAACACUGCUUCACCAACCUGGACGCGGUAGUGCCCGGUACGGGGCCGGGCUCCGGACCGGGCGGGCAGGGCACGAAGCAGGUCUUCGUCGAUAACGAUACCGAGCGGUUGAGCUUGAAGCGAAAAUUGCAACGCAACCGUACGUCCUUCACCGUCGAUCAGAUCGAAUUUCUCGAGAAGGAGUUCGAGCGGACGCACUAUCCGGACGUGUUUUCCCGUGAACGAUUGUCUUCCAAAACGAACCUGCCGGAAGCGAGAAUUCAGGUCUGGUUCUCUAACCGACGGGCCAAAUGGCGCCGGGAGGAGAAACAACGGUCCCAGGCGGUAUCCGAGGGCAGUUCGUCGGCAGCGGCCGCAGCGGCGGCAGCAGCAGCAGCAGCCGCGGCCGUCGCCGUACAGAACGCGUCCAUCUCGUCUUGCUCCCUGAACCUGAGCGCACCGCUCGUCUCGCACGUGUACGACUCGAACAUGUGCGUGGAGGACUCGAACAGCAACUACCUGAGCAAAACGUACCCGCUGGAACCGUCGUUCCAGAACCUGGACGCCCUGAAAUCACCACCCGCCCCGAACCAUUCGGCCGCCCCGCAACAGAUCUCGCCGGCCGCCAUGUCCUUCAAGCUAUCCUUCCCAAACGCGAACCCGAACGCCGGCGGCGCUGGUGCGGUCGGGCCGAAUGGUGGCGGCGGCGGUGGUGGUGGUAGUUCGGCCGCCCCGGACGGCUCCACCGCGAACCUGAUGGGUACGGUACCCACCCUCGGCAGCAAUGCCGGCUUCCCGCACGCAUCUACCUCAGACGACAAGUCGCUGUACAACCAUUUCGCCUACUCGGCCGCUGCCAACAUGCACCACAGCUAUUCGGCAGCAGCGGCGGCCGCCGUCGACCAGUCCUACAACGGGAUGUACCUGAAGAACCAGCUGUACAACCUGCCGACCAAUGCCGGCGUCCUCAGCUUCCAGUCCACGCUCGAGUGGAACAAGAGUUAAUGGCACGGGGCCGCCCUCGAGUCGGCUCCAUCAUCGACCGGUGGCGACCGGUACCAGUAGCGCUACACGCCAGCUGCUACUCUUAGCCUGAUUUCUUUGACAUACACACCGUAAAGGGACGCGAACACAGUAGAGCAAAAUACACACACACUCACACACAUUACACAAUUUAAUACAAUUUAACUCGAUGGUGCAUAAGGUGUAACAUGAUCAGGUGUGUAUUGUGUGUGCGUAUCACCUGAUAAAGAAAUGAUCACAACAAAGAUAGAGAGAGAUCGAGAAAGAGAGAGAGAGAGCGCGCGAGGGAGUGAUAACGAGACAAAAUGAAGGUUCUGUUACGUAAAGAAAUGAGUAUAUCAUUGCAAAAACGAUGCAUUCUCGCACACAAAAUGGCGCGGACAAGUGGCGUACGAUAAACGUUACGAGCAAACCCAGCCAGCCAAUGUGGGAAGAAAGAUUACAAGAUGGUUGUUUCUCGUGUUUUGACAUAUAAGCUAUUUUUUAUAAAACGUAAAACAAAACAAAAACCUGUGACCAUUUAAAAAAGGGGGAAACGGAGAAAGUGGACUGGGAAGGGGGGAAAAAAGGGAAGCAAAACAAAUGAAAACAAAACAGUAGCAACGCCAAUAAAGUAUUAAAAUGGUUCGAAAGGGCAAGGAGGUGGAGAUAAAGAGAGAGAGAAAAAAGAAAAGAAAUGAACGUAUUAAAACAAACAAAGCACAACAUCAACAACAAAACUUGAACAAAACAAAAACCUAUCCAAUACUUGAAGAAAAACAAACGGAAUGUACAAUAAA